AUGGUUCAAACGAGAAAGGCGGAAAAGUCCGCGAAAGACGAGGCGAGCGAAGAAUAUAUUGAACAGCCGAUCGAGACGAUUUCAGACACACCCGACACAAGCUCUGAAAACAAAGCCGGAAGCAAAGCCGAUGAUGGUGCCUCAAAGUCGCGCGAUAGAAUGGAAAGAUUCAAAGCUCUACAAGCUCGAGCAAAAUCUGCCACCGAACGCAACUUGAAAGAAACUGCUGCCGAAUCCCAGCGCUUGACCACUGACCCGGCCCUACUCAACACAUUGUCUCGUAAGCAUGCCUUCGCUUCACACAACCUCCUCAAGGCAGACACAGAAGCUGCAGGAGAAGACUUUGAACGCAAGCGUGCAUGGGACUGGACAGUCGAUGAAUCCGAAAAGUGGGAUAAGCGUAUGGCAAAGAAACAGCGCCACCGUGACGAUGUGGCAUUUAAGGACUACACACAAGAUGCGCGCAAGGUGUACAAGAGGCAGAUGAGGGAAUUGCAGCCCAACUUGGACUCAUAUGAAAAAGACAAAAUGGCUGCGAUUGAGAAGGCCGCAGCCAAUGGUGAUCUCGAGAUUGUGGAAACCGAGGAUGGCGAAAUGAUCGCAGUCGACAAGAACGGCAGUUUCUAUUCCACCGCGGAUUCCACUGGCUUCACAGAGAGCAAACCAGAUCGUGCAGCCGUUGACAGGCUCGUGAAUGAUCUGCAGAAGGCUGAGGAGGCACGUCUCAAAAAGCGCAAGGAGCGUCGUGGUGACGAUGAUUCCGAUGUGACAUACAUCAACGAGAAGAACAAACAGUUCAACAUGAAGCUGGCUCGUUUCUAUAACAAGUACACUACCGAGAUUCGGGACAGCUUUGAGCGUGGCACUAUGAUCUAA